GCCGGGGAGGAAGGAAGGGAAGGGGAGCGGGCUGCGCUGUUGCCCUUUUAAGCGAGCGAGCGGGCGCCGGAGGCCGGUACAAAGGGAGCUCCGCCGUGCCCCGCCGGCUGGGGCUGCCCCGGCCCCGCCAUCUUCCGCCCCGCAGGCGCGGCCGGGGCCAGGGUCGGGCCGGCUGAGUCGGAGGGAGGCGGCGGCAGCGCAGGCCCGGGCCCGGAGAUGAGGCCAGGAUGUCGGUGUCAGGGCUCAAGGCCGAGCUGAAGUUCCUCGAGUCCAUCUUCGACAAGGACCACGAGCGCUUCCGCAUCGUCUCCUGGAAGCUGGACGAGCUGCACUGCCAGUUUGUGCUCCUGCCGCCGCCGCCGGGCUCCAGCCCGCAGCCGCCGCCGCCGCUCACCAUCCACUGCAACAUCACGGAAUCUUACCCCUCUUCAUCACCAAUAUGGUUUGUAGAAUCAGAUGACCCAAACCUGACUUCAGUCUUAGAGCGUUUAGAAGAUAUUAAGAAGAGCAAUACUCUGCUUCUUCAGCAGCUGAAGCGAUUAAUAUGUGACCUCUGCAGAUUAUAUAAUCUUCCUCAGCAUCCAGAUGUUGAAAUGUUAGAUCAGCCAUUGCCAGCUGGACAGAAUGGAACAACAGAAGAAGUUACAUCAGAGGAGGAGGAAGAAGAUGAUAUGGGUGAAGACAUUGAAGAUCUGGAUCACUAUGAUAUGAAGGAGGAGGAACCAGUUGAUGGGAAGAAAUCUGAGGAUGAAGGCAUUGAAAAAGAGAACCUUGCAAUCUUAGAAAAAAUCAGAAAAAAUCAAAGGCAAGAUCACUUAAAUGGUGCAGUCUCUGGGUCAGUUCAGGCUUCAGAUCGACUUAUGAAAGAACUCAGGGAUAUAUAUAGAUCACAGAGUUAUAAAACAGGGAUAUAUUCAGUGGAACUGGUAAAUGACAGCUUGUAUGAAUGGCAUGUUAAGCUUCUCAAGGUUGAUCCUGAUAGCCCACUGCAUAGUGAUCUUCAGGUCUUAAAAGAAAAAGAAGGUGUAGAAUACAUUUUACUCAACUUCUCUUUUAAGGAUAACUUCCCUUUUGAUCCUCCCUUUGUGCGAGUGGUGUCUCCUGUGCUCACGGGAGGGUAUGUCCUAGGUGGAGGUGCAUUAUGCAUGGAACUUCUUACUAAACAGGGCUGGAGCAGUGCCUACUCAAUAGAAUCAGUCAUCAUGCAGAUCAAUGCCACUUUAGUCAAAGGAAAAGCCAGAGUACAGUUUGGAGCCAAUAAGAAUCAAUAUAAUCUAGCAAGAGCACAGCAGUCCUAUAAGUCACUAGUACAAAUACAUGAGAAAAAUGGCUGGUACACUCCUCCAAAAGAAGAUGGCUAACGCUGAGGACUGUUGUAUACCUGGACCAAUGUCAACAAAACAAGCUCUUUUUUAUGUUUUCCAACACACAGACUCAAGCUAUGAGUGCCCCUAUAACAGCUGUACUGAGGACUUUAGCUAUUAGAUAAGUUAGUGGAUAAUCUGUCAACUGACACGUACAGUAUAAGUUACAGCCUUACCAUUCCGCUCUUCUUAGGCAUCUGGACUGAGCAGUUUGGGCCUUUACCAUAUUUGUUCUUAUGGAUUAAGCAGAUUUGGGCCACGCCCUCCCUUCUCCCUUUUUUUAUUUGAAAGCAUAAACUCUCCCUGCAGCAGGCUAUCAACUUACUAAAGAUCAUACAAUAGGAGUGAGUUGUUCACACACUUCUGUGUAUUUCUUACUUUUUGCAAAAUGCAGACUGCAGAGACUUGCAUUGUAUUGUUUCAUUUAAAGCCAAGAAGUUUAAUACAUUGUUUAAUACUGUUUUAGGAAAUGUCAGGUCUUGCAAAUCACAGUAGUUUUUCUGGUCUAAAAUGACAGCGUUUGUAGUAUUUUCCAAAUUAAUGAUAUAGGAAAAACACAUGUAUGUUAAGUCAUUAAACAUUUUUCAUGGCUGUAUGAGAAUAUGAACUGUUUAUUGGAAAAGAUGCUCUUUGUUUAGAUUAUUUUAAUUUUUUUUGUUUGUUUUUUUUUCUUUUUUAUUUUGUUCUGGUUUUUUGUUUUUAUGCAGAGCAAGGCUGUGCCAAUAAAACCUUGUAACUAGUCA